UAUGACUUGUAUACAGGAAGGUGGCGCGAAUGUAGCAUGUGGAUACCUAGAGAAAAUCGCUCUACUUAGGUUAUUAGAUGAUGUAAGGCUAGACGGAAUAUACUGAACAUGGCUGCAGAAGGUAUAAUCAGAAGACUAGAUGAGACAGUUGUAAACAGGAUAGCAGCAGGUGAAGUGAUUCAGCGUCCAGCCAAUGGCUUGAAAGAAAUGAUAGAGAACUGCCUGGAUGCUGGAUCGAGUAGCAUUCAAGUGACAGUGAAGGAUGGAGGACUUAAACUGUUGCAGAUACAAGACAAUGGGUCAGGAAUAAGGAAAGAAGAUAUGGAGAUAGUUUGUGAGCGGUUCACAACCAGUAAACUAAACAAGUUUGAAGAUCUGAAUGCCAUAGCAACAUAUGGUUUCCGUGGUGAGGCUCUGGCUUCCAUAAGUCAUGUAGCCCAUGUUACCAUAACAACCAGAACAGCUGACUCCAAAUGUGCAUACAGAGGAAGUUACUGUGAUGGCAAGUUGAAGGCCCCAGUUAAGCCUUGUGCUGGUAAUGUAGGAACCCAGAUCACAGUUGAAGAUUUAUUUUACAAUGUAACUACAAGAAGAAAAGCACUGAGGAGUCCAGCUGAAGAGCAUUCCAAAGUUGUGGAAGUCAUGAGCAGGUAG